CGUGGAAUAUGGGAGGGUAGGUUACGAGGUUUACACACACAUUUGGUGAGGGUAGGAGUAGCAGCAGAAUCUCACGUCUUUCGUAUCUCGUCUCUGCUAGGUUUUCUCUCACUCUCACUCUCUGCCUCGCUCAUCGCUACGAAUGUCAGACGUGGAAGAAUAUCGCUGCUUCAUUGGUGGCCUUGCAUGGUCAACAUCUGAUAGAAAGUUAAAGGAUACAUUUGAAAAGUUUGGCAAGCUUGUUGAAGCAAAGGUGGUUGUUGACAAAUUCUCUGGGCGCUCUCGUGGUUUUGGAUUUGUCACAUUUGAUGAAAAGAAAGCAAUGGAAGAUGCUAUUGAUGCUAUGAAUGGCAUGGAUUUAGAUGGGCGAACUAUCACUGUAGAUAAAGCUCAGCCUCAACAAGGAUCGGGUAGAGAUGAUGGUGACCGCCACCGUGAUCGUGGUCGAGAUCGUGACCGUGAUCGCGAUCGUAACAGAGAUUAUGGAGGCGGUCGAGGAUCUAAUGGUGGUGAAUGCUUUAAGUGUGGUAAACCUGGUCAUUUUGCUAGGGAGUGCCCUAGUGAAGGGGGAAGAGGAGGAAGGUAUGGUGGCAGGGAAGGUGGUAGACAUGGUGGAAGUGGUUAUGGUCCUGAUAGAAAUGCAGAUCGUUCUUCCGGCGGACGCAGCAGGGAUGCUGGCAGGGAUGGAGAUUCAGGAAAUGAUCGAUACUAUCGUGAUCGUGCUGGACCAUAUGAACGACGAGGAUCAGGAGGUGCUCGUUAAUCUACCAUUGUCUUCUCAUUGAGCUUUGAAAUUGGAGGGGUUGCUGUUACUGCUUCAAGUUUCUUUUUAGUUCACCAUGUUCUGGGAUUGUUGUUUGGAUGGAUGGAUGAUACCAGUGUUUUGAGAUGCAAUACUCAGCUCAUAUUUCAAACUCUUUUUAUGUUCCUAAAGCCGACCUUUUGAUCUGUUGAAAUCUUAUACAUGCUUGACUUAUGGUCAAAUUUGAUGA